AUGUUGGUCUCUUCUCAAGAAGCACGAGUGACAGGCUGGGUAUGCGCCGGGCUUGCUUUGGUCAUUCUCAUUGUCCGAGUCAUUGCAGCGAGGUUGAGACGUGGUUCAUUCGAUAUCAGCACGCCUAUCUGCACGACUGCUAUCCUGAUCAUUGCCGCUCGGGUAGCCGUCAAUCAGUUUGUGCUGAGUUAUGGGACCUCGAACGAUACCAUUAACGGCAAAGGGCAAUACUUCGAUUCUGACGACCUGGAGAAGAUCAAAGUCGGCAGCAUUCUAUCAUUGAUCGCGAGAUUAAUGGUAACGACGGUCUAUUGGCUGCAGUCAGCCCUGCUACUGUUGUUUUACUGUCGCAUUUUCGAGGUUCGAGCACAAUCGACAACCGCGCUCAUAAGAAUCUGUUGGGUCGCGUUGCCAACGACAUAUAUCGCCGUGGUCCUCGCCACCUUCUUGGAAUGCCAUCCUUUCAGCCUUUACUGGCAAAUCGAUCCAAAUCCUGGAAAAUGCAUAAAAGCAUACAUUCAACUGCUUACCCAAGGCAUCGCCAACAUCGUACUGGAUCUCCUGCUGCUGAUAAUUUCAUGUCCUCUCAUAUUGGUGCGGAAUCGGACUAUACUCGAGAAAAUACGGCUGGCAACUUUGUUCUGUCUCGGAUUCUUCUGUAUCAUCGUCACAUGCGUUAGGAUAGCCUACAUCUAUGCCGAGGACUCUUAUCAGCCCGUACGCAGUUUUUGGGCAUCGGUUCAGAUGCUGGUCUCAUGUUUCGUCGCAAACGCUCCAACGAUAUAUGGCAGUUUGCAGCUGAUCAGGCGACGGAAGACAGAGCAGACGACACGUCGGGGAAGUCGUCCGGAGCUGUGGCUGCAUCUGCACACAGCCGACGACAGCACCGCAAUCCCUAUUGCCCCAGUCCUGGAUCGACAGGGGACAGGGUCGUCCCAUAAGCCAGAGAAAACGUGGUCACGAUGGAUCCCAUGA